AUGUUUUUUGAAGGUGCGUGUGCGAAGGUGGUCGUCUCGGGGGCGGCCGGCAAGGUUGGGUACGCAUUACUCCCCCUCAUUGCCGGCGGCCGCAUGUUGGGUCCCAAUCAACAUCUGCAGCUGAACCUGCUCGAUAUUGAGGCCGCCAUGAAAUGUCUUGAGGGGAUACGUGCGGAACUCAUGGACUGUGCCUUCCCACUACUGGACCGUGUUGUCAUCACGCACCAGCCGGCGGUGGCCUUUGAGAAUGUCGAUAUCGCCAUUCUCUGUGGCUCGUUUCCUGCCAAACCCGGCACGCUGCGGAGGGAUCUCCUGCAGAAAAAUGCCGCAAUUUUUUCAGAACAUGGGCGUCUUUUGGGUGAAUUGGCCAGUAAAGACUGUCACGUGUGUGUUGUGGGCAAUCCUGUCAACACCAAUGCCCUUGUUCUUUUGAAUGCCUCGAACGGGAAAAUCAAGCCGAAGAACGUGUCGGCGCUUACGCGACUCGACCACAACCGCUCGCUUGCGCUUGUGGCAGAGCGGGCCAAUGCUCAUGUUCGAGAUGUCAAGAACUGCAUUAUUUGGGGAAACCACAGCGGCACACAAGUCCCGGAUGUUAACAGCGCCACCGUGAAAGGCGUCCCUGUGCGAGAAGCGAUAAAGGAUGACGCGUACCUUGAUGGAGAAUUCAUGACAACUGUGCAGCAACGCGGGUAUGAGAUUAUUCGGUGGCGCGGCAACUCUUCGGCUCUUUCUGCCGCAAAUGCCGCUGUUGACCAAGUGCACGACUGGGUUCUUGGUACGCCAACGGGGACACAUGUUUCCAUGGCUGUGUAUUCCGAUGGAAACCCAUACGGUGUGCCACCAGGCCUUGUCUUCUCCUUCCCCGUGACAUGCAGCGGAGGUGAGUGGCAUUUUGUCGAGAAUGCGUGUAUUACGCCGAGUGUGGCGAAACAUUUGGCGGCCACUACCAAAGAGUUGGAAGAGGAGCGGGCGGAGUCGCUGUCUUUGGCAUUGUAA